AUGUCUCAAGAAUUACCUGGUUUAAUAGCCGAGCAAGAAAAUAUUUGUGGACUAAUUCUCAAAGCGCAAGCGAACUUCAAGAAAACACCAAAAGCGAGAUUAACAAGAGGGUACAUCAAGACGCGAAAAGAAUCCAUAGAACAAUAUUUUAGUCAGUUCGUAGAAAACAAUCGAGCCUUGAUAAAAAUAUCAACAUCGUCAGACAAAGCGAAGUACGAAUAUUUCAAAGACGAUGUAUAUUCAGCAUGCGAGGAAAUGUUCCUAGAUUUGAAAGCAGAGAUGACAGAUAGGCUUGAAGGUUCGACGACGGGUUGUACGAGCAGCAUUAAUCCAACACCAAGCACAAGCAGGGACGACGUGAAGCUACCGAAAAUAGAUAUAGCGAAGUUUACCGGUAACUAUCAAGAUUGGACUUCGUUUUACGACAUGUUUACGUCACUCAUCCACAACAAACAGAACUUGAGCAGCGUCCAAAAGAUGCAUUAUUUAAAAAGCUACUUGUCUGGAGAACCUGCUCAACUAUUGGAUCAUCUAGCCGUCACUGAAACAAACUACGAAUUGGCAUGGCUCACGCUGCAGAACAGGUACAACAACAAGAGAGUUAUAGUUAAUUCCAUCUUAAGCAAGUUGAUGAAUCAAAAGAAAAUUCACACGGGCACUGCUAAAGCGAUUCGAGAGAUAUUAGAUACAACUAUGGAGUGUCUUAAUAAGCUGAAAGUACAAAACAUUAAUACAAGUUCAUGGGAUACACUUAUUAUACACAUCAUUGUUGAGAAGUUAGACGCCGAGACACAUAAAGAGUGGGAGGAAGAAGCAAGUAACCUGAACCUUACAGAGUUACCUACAAUGAUCAUGUUCAACAAGUUUUUAGAAAAGAGAUUCCGAGUUUUAGAGAUGAUGCAACCUAGCCAAACAACGAACAUGAACAUGCAGAGUACCUACGGAAGCACCCAGAGAGAACCUAAUGUCACUGUCGAGUCUAAGUCAUUUCACGUGUCACCAGUCAUCAAGUGUGGUUUUUGCAAGCUAAACCAUCAUUUGAACCAAUGCAAAGAGUUCCAAGAGCUAACACUAGAAAAGAAAACAGAGUUCAUUCAAAACCAACAACUCUGCUUUAACUGCCUAAUCUAUGGUCAUGCUGUCCGCUUCUGUAAGAGCAAGUUUUCAUGUCAAAAGUGCGGAAGAAGACAUCACACACUGUUGCACAACAAUACGUACCAAUCCAAAGAGAAAGAGCACAAAGAAGAAACAAAACAAGAGAGAGAAAGCAAAGAUUUCAAGCGAGAGAGAGAAUCUAAACAAGAACCAAAGCAAGACAUGAAAAAUAAGAGAGAGAUAGUUGCCCACCUAACAACAGGAAGCAUGACAGGAUUGUUAUCUACAGCACAAAUUAACGUGACGAACCAUCAAGGAAGAGAAUUCGUACUAAGAGCCUUGUUGGAUCCAUGUUCUCAAGAGUCUUUCCUGAACGAGUCUGCAGCUCAAACUAUGGGACUAAAGAGAAAACGUGUAAACGGAAACGUAUCGGGUCUUGGUCAAAUGAGCACACCCAUCCGAUUUGCUGCAGAUAUCGAGAUUUCAUCACGUCAUAAUCCUGAAAAGAAAAUGAGUAUAACAACCUACAUAGUAAAGCGGGUCACAAACAUCAUGCCUUCAGACAAACUAACCAUCGACAACUGGGUUCACCUAAGAGACUUACAACUAGCUGAUCCGACUUACCACCAACCAAGUUCUAUAGAUAUUCUAUUGGGAGUAGAAGUUUACAACGAGAUGAUACAGCCUGGUCUCAUCAAAGGCGUUCCAGGCUCUCCCAUAGCUUUACAAACACAUUUGGGAUGGAUAAUAUCAGGAAAAGUCAGAGUCGGAACAGAACAAGAGCGAGAAGAGAAACCAUUCAUUAGUAUGCAUUUAAAUGUCGAGUUGAACCAUAUGCUGAAGAGAUUCUGGGAGCUAGAGACAAUAGAUGAAGAGCUAACAGCAGAAGAGAUCGAAGUAGAAGAGUUAUACGAGAAAGGAGUCAUAAAAGAAGAGAUAGCGUCAAACCGCUGGAGGUCUACUGAGAUUGUUAUGUGCGAGAGAAAACAAAGAGUAAGACAAAGAGAGAGGAAGAUUCGAAGUUCAUCUAACAUCCGAUUCAUGGUCAUUAGACAAUCCUCUAAUAGCCUCCACCUUCCAAAUUUGAGAAUUUGUCUCUGGAAGCCCUGGCAGUUCGAGUUUCUAAAUCGAGUAAAAGAAAGGUGGAAGUGA